AGUGCGCCACGAUCAAAGCUGGCUGCAGUGGGCCUGGAGAACACACGCAGCGAGUCCACGCACACCGACGGCGUUGGGUCGCUACUCGGGAGGGGUUCUCUGUCUCUGUUUUCAGGAACUGUGUUUCAAAAAGAAAAGAAUCUGGGUUUGAUCUCCAGUGAGGACAGCGUCCACGUACAUCCUGUCUGAGCAGCUCGGCCCUCCUGCUUCGCUGCCGGACAUAGGUGACGGCGGUGAGCUGAGCUCUUGGCAGACAGAUAGCCCGUCCAUCUCUCUGUCGAGGACAGAGUCCUGGUCUCAGCUGGGCAUCAUGGACCCCGAGGACAUCAAGAGCCUGGACGGCACUGAGGGUGGGGCGCUGGCUGAAGAGCGCAGCGAGAACAACUCGUCCAACUCAGACAUCGUCCACGUGGAGCGGGAGGAGGCUGAGCUGCUGGAGGCCGAUGCUGGAACGGAGGGGGAGGCCCCCCAGGUUGCAGAGGCUGAAGUCCUUAAGCCAGAGCUGCAGGAGAGCGUGCUCGGCGUGCUGGAUAGUGAGGGUGAGCUAGCGGAGCUCAGCACCGAAGCCCCCCAGCCGGACCCCACGCCAAUGAACCCUGAAACCCCAGAGGUCAUCGAGGCUCCGGAGACCCUGGAGCCCACCGGGUCUGAAGACACAGAGCCCGCCCCACCAGGUAACGGGGCAGAGGAAGCCGGCCCCGAUGGGACAGAACUUCCUCCUGCGGAGGUUCCUGAUGAACUGGGGUCCCUGCCCCCUGUUCAGGAUCUGCCCCCUCCUCUGGAACCAGAACCAGAGCCGGAAACAGAAGUGGAACCAGAGCCACAGUCGCUGGGAGGGGAGUCCCAGCAGGAUCCAGAUGUUGUACUGGAACACGCACCAGUGAUGGAAGGUGAAGCCCCUGCCCAGGAGACCCUGCUGGCUCCACCUGAGGAAACCCCAGUGCAAAUGGAGUCACCCCCAAAGUCAGAGCUGCCCAUGCUGCUGUAUGGCGGCGCUGCCCUGGUCGCCAUAGUUGCAGUCAUAGCGUAUGGAACUGUGGUCUAUAGAAGAAAGUAGAACCGUGCCCCACCUGCUGGGGAUGCUGGGAGGUUUUGGGAAACGUUCACCCUCAAUUUAAUCCCACUCUUUAGUCUCGCCUCCUUAUUGUCCCCUCUUUCCUUUACAAUUUGGGCCGCGUCUCAUGUUUUAUGACCGGGUGCGUGGCGUUUGAAUCUGGGCUCCGUUGGGGUUUUAUUUUGGUCAUUUAGUCCAGGCUGUCAGUGCUGUGAUCUGGUUUUGCCCAUUUCUCUGCAUGGUCACAAUUUUACCCAUUCGGGGGAGUUGGGUAGAUUGAGAAAGAGCUUUUGGUGUGAUGUUUCACACCCAUGUAGUCUUUACAUGUCUCACAUAAUCCAGUCCAAUGGGGUUUGUCCCCUGCUGCUGGAGAAGGACAACACAGCAUUAUAUUAAAUCAUAUAUUAUAAUGAAAUCAUCCCAGCUGAAAGUAUAGAGCUGCUUGAAAGUAUGUGAACCCUAUAGUAACG